UUCCCCAGGCACCGCCAUGACAUCCCUGCUGCUGCUGCUGCCGAUCUUUGUGGUUCUUAUUCCAGGGCAACCAUUCCGGGAUCCGCAUGGCCCGCCGUUUAGGAGGAUGCAUGAAGAGACAGCACUCAGUGAGCACGUACCCUGCCAUUUCCCUUUCCGCUUCCAACGCGAAAUGCACCAUUCUUGCAUCCAGAGUCAUUCCAUAUUCCAUAAGCACUGGUGCGCCACCACAGAGAACUACGACCGAGAUGGGGAAUGGAGGUACUGUGGGAAAGAGGAGAGGCCAAGAGGACACUGUGACCCUAACCCAUGCCAGAAUGGUGGGGACUGUGAAGCUAGGCGAAUUGGAUUCCAUUGUAUCUGUGCAGCUGGCUUCCAUGGGAAACACUGUGAGAAAGAAGACUGCUUUGGAACUAAAGGACUGCUGCACAUUGGCAGGAAGGACACCUGGGUGCGGCACCGGCCUACUGGACCAGAGGAGUGCCAUUGCGCAAGGAAGAAGCUUGUCUGCAAGCCCAUGCAUGGAAAGGCAUGCGCAACAAACCCUUGUAUGAAUGGAGGCCGCUGUCUAGAAGUGAAGCACAACUUGGUGUGCAGCUGCCCUGAAGGGUUUUCUGGGCCACUGUGUGAUAUAGAACACACUCAGACCUGCUACAGAGAGAAUGGGCAGCUAUACCGAGGCAUGGCCCACUACACUGUCUCAGGGGCACCGUGCCUGCCCUGGGACUCUCCACUCUUGUUAAAUGAGUACUCCAGCAGCAUGAACAACGCAUCCAUCUUUGGCCUGGGGCCACAUGCCUUUUGCAGAAACCCAGACGGUGACAGCCACCCAUGGUGUUAUGUGCUGCGCAAUAUGCAGCUCAGCUGGGAAUUCUGCAAUAUCACCAGCUGCCAUCCCCAAUAUACAGGUAUCACAGCACCAGUACCGCCUCUGGCACCUUUGGAAACAGAGCCAAUGGCUCCGAAGAAGCCCGAGAGCAUCAGGCCAACAACUGGACCAACCCAAACUGUCCCCACCCCAGCUCCAGUGUGUGGGCUGCGCUUUCCCAAGACCACCACCUCCUCACGCAGUCGUAUAGUGAGAGGCAUGGUGGCACUUCGUGGCUCCCACCCCUACAUGGCUGCCAUCUACAUAGGGGAUCAGUUCUGUGGAGGAAGCCUCAUUGCUUCCUGCUGGGUUCUGACAGCUGCACACUGCCUAGAGUUCAGGCCAGAUGUUUCCAAGAUUUCAGUGGUGCUGGGCCAGACCCAAUACAACAGAAGCACAGAUGGCUCCGUGAAGUUCCAAGUACAGAAUUAUCUACUGCAUGAGCAUUAUUCAGAGAUCACCAAAGGCCAUGACAUUGCACUGGUGCGAUUGAAAGAGAAGGCGCCAGGACACUGUGCUGAGUUGUCACACUCCAUCUUGCCCGUGUGCCUACCAAAUUCAACAGAGACAUUUGACACCAGCAAGCCAUGCCAGAUCGCAGGAUGGGGACAUAUGUAUGAAGGAGCCGACAAACUCUCUGUGUACCUGCAGGAAGCAGAUAUGCCUAUCAUUCCUCAUGAGCAGUGUUGUUCCGAAGAGGUCCAUGGGACCCAGAUUGCAAAAGGCAUGUUGUGUGCUGGGUACAUGGAUGGAAGAGCUGAUGCUUGUCAGGGAGAUUCUGGUGGACCCCUGGUGUGUGAUGAGCAAGGCAAGGCCACCCUGCAUGGCAUCAUCAGCUGGGGCACAGGCUGUGCGCUGGAGAACAAGCCUGGGGUUUAUACCAGUGUCACUCACUAUCUUGACUGGAUCAAAAACCACAUGCAUUAGCAAGCCUGAGAUGGCAGUUUCAAAAAGCCAAAACCUAUGCGGCUGCCUUUUGCGGGGGUGGAUGGGGGUACAGUGUCUUUCUCUGCAGCUAUUGAUCUGCUCUGUGUAUGUGUGUUAGCACGUGUGUAUGUGUGUGUGCAAUUCUGCUAGACUAGACAGUGAGUAUUUCAGAGAAGUCAGAUAUGUCUGUGUCAUUUACACACCAUAAAAUAAACCAAAUUUCCAACAAAG